GGGCCUCGCCGCUUCCGGGGAGCCGAGCCGGUGGCCCAACUUCCCCUUGGCGGGGUGGGCUCGCAGCCGCGCGCCCGCCCGCAGGGAGACAGCGCCCGCACCGCCCCUGCGCCCCGCAGUCGCACCCGCAGCCGCGGCCCGCGCGCAGAUAAAGGGACUAAAGGCUAAUGAUAAGGGAGGUAAAGAAACUUUCCCAAGGCCACAGCUCAGAGCAUCUGGAGAUGCGAAUCCUCGUCUUCCUUCUCCCAUCCACCCCUGAUGUGUUCUGGGCCGGCGAGAGCGGCACACAGUCCCUCCGGUCAUGCUGAGCUCGAACUCUAAUGGCGGCUCCAUGACGUCACGCUGGGGGCCCCGCCCUCCACCCAUGUCCCCAAUGCCUGGGCUCAUGGGGUUGGUUCGGAGUCUGGCACGAUGGCAUCGUCCACGUCCUCCCCAGCUCCUGGCUCUGCUUCUAAGAAGCCUCUGGACAAGAUGGCUGACUGGUUCAGGCGGGCUCUGUCAAAGAAGCCCAAGAAGAUGUCCAGCUCCCAGCACGAGACCCCAGCCACGAAGUCCAGCUCCCCGACCCCCUCACCCGCACCCGAGGACUCCAGCCCGGCCUCCUCACCCGCACCCGAGGACUCCAGCAGCGGUCGCUGGAGCAGAGACUAUGACAUCUGCGUGUGUCACAGUGAGGAGGACCUGGCAGCCGCCCUGGAGCUGGUCUCCUACCUGGAGAGCAGCCCCGGGGGCCUGCGCUGCUUCCUGCAGCUCCGCGAUGCCACCCCCGGCGGCGCCAUUGUGUCCGAGCUGUGCCAGGCCCUGAGCAGCAGCCACUGCCGCGUGCUGCUCAUCACCCCGGGCUUCCUCAAGGACCCCUGGUGCAAGCACCAGAUGCUGCAGGCUCUGAGCCAGGAGCCCGCCGCUCAGGGCCGCACCAUCCCGCUGCUGGCCGGCAUCAGCCGGGAUGCCUGCCCCAUUGAGCUGCGCUUCAUGUACUCCGUGGAUGGCCGGGGCCCAGAUGGCGGUUUCCACCAAGUCAGGGAGGCCGUCUUGCGUUAUCUGCAGACACUCCGUUGACACUUGUGUCGACAGACGGCCCCGAGUGGCAUGAAGCUGGAGUGACAGUGUCCUGGGCCUGGACGAGAGGAGUAAGGACAGAGCUCGCGGGGCUUUGCAUGACCUGGCACCGGCUGUGGGAGCCCUGAGCCUGGGGUAGUCAGGUACUGCCCCAGAAGGCUGUGGGGAAGCUGGGGACUCCCCCCACCCCGGAAGGCCUUGAGGAAGCUGGGGACUCCCCCAGGAAGCUAAAGGGGUGCAGCCAGAUGUCGGAAGGCGUAGGUAGCACGGGAGGAUCCCGCCUCCACCUGCUGCCAGGCACGGGCUGUUCCGGAGCUGUGCAGGGUGCGUUUCUCCCGGGGACUGAGCUGGAAGCUUGGGCCGCCGCCACCACCCAGAGGGGUCCCCCCGACAGGUGCCUCCAUUCACACUACUCAGCUCAACACGGCCCCUGACCAGGGCACAGGGACCUCGCACAGGGCCUUGUCCUCAGAGGCCAAAACCAGACUCGGUAUUGCCUGGACUGGAGCGUACCCCUCUCUGGGGAUCCCAGGUCACCACGAAGGCCCUGACAGCCCGGCCUCAACAGCGCCUGGCUGGAACCUGACUUGCACAGUUGACAUCCUUGGCACCUGUGUGCUGGGGGGGUGAUCCGCUCACCUGCCCACCCCAGAUAGAUCCUUGAACCCCAACCACUUCCUGCUUUCCAGCCUGGCUUCCCUGCCACUCUCUCAUCCCCCUCCCAAGUCUUAAAAAAAAAUCACUAUAUGGACAUUUAGAUACACACACUUGAUUUUGAAAUUUUAAAUUUUUGGUUUUUUUAGAUUUUUAAAUUGAGACUGUUAUUUAUAAUACUACUACUAUGGUUUCUCAUGCACAUAAUUCCAACACAACGCCCUUCACCAAGGUACCCCUUUCCCUCUCCUAAGGACCCCAAGGCCCGUCCCUCUCUGCCACCACCCCCGUUUACUCAACUGUUUGGAUCAGUUCUCUCAUGAUGUGGCCUCUGGGCCUCCACUGCUGCCUUGCUGUAGAUACAUAUACUUUAAGCCUGAUUACUAGGCACUGGGCAUUAUAUUUGUGCCAGGUGCUCAAGCUGUGAUCUUUGUAGAGACUAUUAAGAAAAUGAAAUUAUUACAUACAAAAGGGCUAAAGAAUAACAGAAGGUACACUCAGGUACCAACCCCUCAAAGCUGUAAAGCAAAACUUCCCCCUCCUGCAGGGCCCCCCCCCCCAGCCUGAGGCACCAGAACAGAGCUUCUGAGCCUUUCCGAGUUCCCUGGGACCCCACCAGGCUCCCCCUCCCUGAAAGGCAGUCUGGGCGAGCACCGCCUGAAACUGGGAUUCACGUGUGGUUGAGUCUGAAAUUUUUCCCGGUUGUUUUGCAUUCAGGAACGUUUUGUCGUUCCAGAUGUUUCACGCCCCCACCCUGUAUCCAGUUCCUCAGCUCCCACAGUCGAAGAAGCUAGGAUGUAAAUGACCUCUUCCUCCUCCCUCUCGAACCUAACCACUAGUCUGAAUUUUGAGUCUGGAUCAUUCUUAGCUUUUCCCUAAUUUAUUACAUCUGUGUGCCGCGCUAACAACAUAUUUUACAUGGUUGUCUGGAUGAGUGGCAUUAUGUAAUCUACAUUCUGCAAGUUCUUUUCUUUUUUCUUCUUUUUUAAAUGAUCCUGAGAUGUAUGCAGAUUGGUGCCCAUAACUCCAGUUAAUUUCGUCCCACUUGCAUCCCACUAGGUAACGAGGCCACCCUUAGCUAGAACAUUCGUUGACAAACAGGUAUUAGUUUCCAGUCUUCUGCUAUUAAGAACAAAGAGAAAGCCUAUGAACAUUUUGUUAUGAACAAUCCCUGGGCAAGAUUUUCUAGGAUUUAGCCUAGAUGGGAAACAGCUGCAUAUAAGAAAUAUUUAGGGGGCAGGCAGAUAGUUCAAAGGGCUGGAACAUGGGGGCUGGAGCGAUAGCACAGCGGGUAGGGCGUUUGCCUUGCACUCGGCCAACCCGGGUUCAAUUCCCAGCAUCCCAUAUGGUCCCCCGAGCAGUGCCAGGAGUAAUUCCUGAGUGCAAAACCAGGAGUAACCUCUGUAUCGCCGGGUGUGGCCCAAAAAGCAAAAAAAAAAAAAAAAAAGGGCUGGAACAUAGGUGAGAACCCUUAAUUCCAUCCCCAGUACCUCAUGGUCCUUUAAGCAGCACUAGGAGCACCCCCAGACUCCUAGCACUGUUGGAUGUGGUCACAAAUCCAAAAAGAAUCAUUUCUCUUUCCACAGAAGAUACUGUUUUCCUCCAGACUGGUUGCACCACUUCAUGUUCCUGUCAUGUGUAUGAGUUCCCCCUUUUCUAUAGUCUUGGCAACACUUAGAAUAUCAGAGUUUAAAAUGUUUGCUAAUCUGGUAGGUGAAAACUGGUACCUAACGCUGGGACGAAUCCUUUUCCUUUUGGGAACUUUUUUCCUAGAAAUUUGGGCCACACCCAAUUGUACACAGGGCGACUCCUGGCUCUGAGCUCAGGAGUCAAGCCCAGCAGAGCUCAGAGGACCGAGCAGUGCCAGGGAAUGCACAGGGAUUGGCCUCAUACAAGACAAAACUUUAUUUUUUCUUUCAGGCCACACCCAGCAAAGAUCAGGGGUUACUCCUGGCUCUGCACUCAGGAAUUACUCCUGGGGGUGCUCGGGGGACUAUUUGGGAUGCUGGGAUCAAACCCAGGUCAACGGCAAGUGCCCUGCCCACUGCGCUGUCACUCUGACCCGUGGCCUCUUAACCCGUGUGAUCUUUCCAGCUCCCCACCCCCAGGCCUCUUUGAAAGAAAAAACAAUUGUUCUGCCUAGACUGCUUAUGACUCUGUAGUCUGUUCUUUUUGCAUUUUAUUUCCAUUUUAUUUCGGGACCCCUUCCUUCUGCUUUGCAGUCUUGACUUACUUUAGGGGUUAUCCUGAGCGGUGCUUGGGACCUGGGGCCACUCCCAGUAAUGCUCAGCUCAGUGGUGGAAGCCUGCCUGCCUGGUGUCCCCCUGCGGUGCUUGGGGGCCAUGUGGUGCCAGGGUCACACAUGGGACCUUCCAUGUGCAGAGCACAAGCUUUGCCUUGAGCUGGCUCAGCCCCUAACCAUCUUCUCUCUGUAUUGGGGUCACUAAGCCACCAUGCCCAGGCAUCUCCUUUGGGUUGGCUGUUGUGGAAGUUACUCUGCACUCACUGGAUCACUUCCCCCAUCAGACAAGCCACUGUGAACUGACUCUCAUCCUGUCUGGGAGUAUCAUGUCAGUGCUGUCCCGUCACACUUGGGGUCUGCUCCUGGGCUGUCCAGCCUCCUCACUGCUGGGCUGGUGCCCACGGCUCACUGCCUGGGCCUGUGAUAAGCUGGUGACUCCUUGGUGACUCCUCGACUCCUUACAGAAUCACCCUGAACCUCUCUGCUCUUUCCUUUAUUCUGUCCUACGGUUCUGUUUUGUUUUGGUUUGCCUUUUAUGUCCUACCUGGUGGUGCUCAGAGCUUACUGACUCCAGGCUCUGUGUUCAGGGAGCCAUCUGGGAUGCCAGGGAUCAGACCCAGAUCAGCUGCAUACAGGGCAAGCGCCUUAACUGCUGUACUAUCUCUACCAGUUCUACAAUUAUUUACAGUUUGCCAGGUUCCAGGAAAAUCUGUUAAUUGGAUGGAACUUAGAGAUUCUUUUGGGAAGGAUAAAUGUGUCUCUGAUAUUAACUGUAAAAAAUAGUGUCUGGACUAGAGUCAACCCCUGUCUGACUCCAGGCAUCUCAUGGCCCUGUGGAGCAUGGCUGGGCUGAUUCCCAAGCACAAAGCUGGGUGUACCCCCACCCCACAGGAAGUGCCUCCAUUUAUUUAUGUCAUUGAAUGUAUUUGAAUAAAGCUUUAGAACUCGUUUCCCUAUUGGUCAGUCACAUCUUUUAUUAUUAAUUCCUUUACACUUUGUAUUUUCUGUUGCUGCCAUAAAGUAUUUUAAAGUUAUAUGGGUGUAUCUAUUUUUCAUUUUGCUUUUGGGUUACAUUGAACAGUACUCAGAGUUUACUGUGCUUAGGGAUCAGUACUGUUGGUGCUUGGGGGGCAGUACAUACAUGGGUCAGAGGGGUAGUAAAACCCGGAUCAGCCCAUAAGCUUU